UUCAAAGAUGUCGCCACAAGUGCAUUUGACGUUUCAAAAUUUUCGCAUAACCAAAUAAGGGAUUUCUGUCUUAUUUCAUGAACUAGAUAUGUGGUGCAUCUAAAUAACGUUUGAAAAACUCGCAAUUUAAGCAGCAAUCGAUGUAAAUAGUCCAUUCGUACGUUGGCAAUAAAGUGAAAUAAAGAUGUCUUUCCGUGUAGUCCGUAGUUCAAAGUUUCGUCACGUUUACGGCCAGGCCCUUAAAAGGGAGCAAUGCUAUGAUAACAUAAGAGUCAGUAAAAGUUCAUGGGACGCGACUUUUUGUGCCGUCAACCCGAAAUUCCUCGCAAUCAUCGUUGAAAGCGCCGGCGGAGGCGCCUUCAUCGUCCUGCCCCACAACAAGGUUGGACGACUCGCCGCCGACCAUCCCCUAGUCGGGGGGCACAAGGGACCCGUCCUCGACAUCGCCUGGUGCCCCCAUAACGAUAAUGUCAUCGCGAGCGGAUCAGAAGACUGCGUUGUCAAAGUAUGGCACAUACCUGACGGGGGGCUCAUCAAGACUCUCACCGAACCGGUCGUCGACCUCAUCUAUCACCAAAGACGCGUGGGGCUAGUCCUCUGGCAUCCCACAGCCCUCAAUGUACUUCUAACCGCCGGGAGUGACAAUCAAGUGGUUAUUUGGAACGUCGGCACCGGCGAAGCCCUAGUCAAAAUUGAUUGUCACCCUGAUAUCGUCUACAGUGCCUGCUUUAAUUGGGACGGAUCCCAACUAUUGACCACUUGCAAAGACAAAAAGAUACGAAUUAUCAAUCCCAGGACUGGGGAGGUUGAAUCGGAGGCGGUUUGUCACGAAGGUUCAAAAGCCACCCGUGCCAUCUUCCUUAGACAUGGUCUCGUCUUUACGACAGGUUUUUCGAAAAUGUCUGAACGUCAAUACAGUCUUCGCACCCCUGACGCCCUCAAUGAACCCAUUGUGAUGGUCGAAUUGGACACUUCAAACGGUGUCAUGUUUCCAUUGUACGACCCCGACACGAAUUUGGUUUAUUUGUGCGGUAAAGGCGAUUCUGUUAUACGAUAUUUCGAGAUAACAGCAGAGCCACCUUUCGUUCAUUACAUCAACACGUUUCAAACACCCGAUCCGCAACGAGGCAUUGGAAUGAUGCCGAAACGCGGCUGUGACGUCACCUCAUGCGAAAUCUCGAGGUUUUACCGUUUGAAUAACUCGGGCCUAUGUCAAGUUAUAACAAUGACAGUGCCGAGGAAAUCCGAACUGUUUCAAGAGGACUUAUAUCCGGAUACGUUGGGCGACAAUCCGGCCUUAACGGCAGAAGAAUGGAUCGAAGGGAAGGAUGCCGAACCGAUUUUGAUCUCGUUGAAAGACGGUUACAAACCGCCCGAAUCAAAAGCAACGAUUACAGUGACGAAAAGAAAUAUUUUGGAUAAGGGCCAAGCGAAGAGUGGGAAAACGCAAAACGCGACACAAAUUCCGGAUAAGACGUUGCAAGAAUUUGCAGAUGAGAUAAGAAAGUUGAAAGCAAUGAUUGUGAAACAUGAGAAUCGAAUCCGGGCUUUGGAAGCUGAGGUGGCGUUGAGCAAAGCCAACGCUGAUGAAGACGGGUCAGGUGGUGACGGUCUGAAUGCCGGUCACCCUUUAGGAGACGACGAAGUAUGAACAAAAGCACAAAAGUUGCCUUAAUUUAUCAAAGUGCUCAAAUUGUUUGCAAUCGCUUCUUUUUGAUACAUUACCUAAGUAUAAUAUAUUUAUUUUAUCAUUUUUUUUAACACUUUUGUCAUUUUUUAUCACCCCAAAGUGCUCUUUAAUAUUAUAUACGAUUGUUAAUUGCAUAGAUAUAGAUAUUAUUUUCAUGAAACGUUAUAUUUAUAUAGUUUAUAAUUUUUUAGGAGGGUUGUCGAUGUGGCCUUUUGAUUCAUUACAUGACAAUAAAUCGGGUUUUUACAAAUAUGUAUAUAAAGUUUUUGUGCAAAUAUGACGUGUAAAUAUACUGGCUUGACUGAAAGGCUACAUUUGACAACUCUCUGUUGUGAAGUUUGUGUGUUCCAUGUUUAACAACGAAUAAUGUAAAUAAAUGUAUAAAUAUGUAAUGCAUUUGCAGAUGAAAACUAAUAAUUGUUUUAUUAGUAUUUUUACAAAUACAAUUGAAAAGAU